AUGCCUUCAUUCUCCAUCUCGAACAAGGCUGAGACCGCGUGGAAGUCCGUGAAGCGACACGCAAAGGAACACCACGACUCGGUCAAUGCAGCAUACGAGACCUACUACGGCCUCCGAACUACUACACCAACAUCUACAUCUACCUCCUCCACCAAGUCAUUGCCUUCGUCGGCCUCGUCGACAACCUCUUCGCGCCGUUCCUCGCUAGACAAAGCCUGGAAUACCGUGAAGCAGCGUGCCCGAGAACACAAUCGUAGCGUCAAUGCAUCCUACGCUGCUCUUUACGGCAUUCGAAACUAG